AUGUCCGGUACCUUAGAAAGCCAGUCUAUCAGACUUGAAGUUAUCAGCGCAAAAAAUCUCAAAUUCCCUUCUGACCGCAUUCCCGCUGGCAUUUACAUAUCCAUCGAUGUCCACUCGAGGAGACGCUGGAAAUCAGCCAUCGGAGUCUUAUUAUCCGACAAAUCUGUAGCGUGGGGUGAUACUGUAACCCUAUCAUCACAGGUGUCAUCUGCAUUAUCAAUCCAGAUCAGGGUGUCCUAUGAGCUCGAUCGAAUGCUAGGCAAUGGCGAAGUCAUUGGAAAACUCGAAACAUCGGGGGAUGAGUUGCUUGAUCAUGGAGAUGAGCCAUUUGAACUGUCCUUUCCACCCGUUUGUGGUGUUCGCCCUUCCCUCGCGCUGAAGGUUGCUGUUGUACAUGCUUUCGACAACCUGGACGGUGCACUGUUUGAUGUCCUUGUAGACUGCGAGAUUGCUCGAGACACGGAUGCGGGCCACGCACGAUUCGCCAUAUACAUGACACGCAAGGGGGUCUCUCACCUGAACAAUGCUGUAACGCACUUUCAGUUGGUUCUGGCCUGCUGUCCGGUCGGCCAUCCAGACCACGCAGCAGCUCUCACCAACCUUGCGUGGGCCCGCCUUGAAGGUUAUAUUCGACAGCACCCCCAAGACAUCGACAACAUCACUUCCCUCUUCCGCGAAGCCCUUGCAUUGCGUCCGCAGGGCCACCCCGAUUGCGCAUUAUCCCUAUAUGGUCUCAUUCAAGCAUUGACCUGGCGCUACAGCAGGGAGCGCACUGCCGACUACAUUCACGAAUCGGCGCAGCUGUGCUGCAAGCUACUGCCCCUCUGUCCAGAGGGCACCUACCUUCGUAGCAUUUGCGUAGACAGCGAGGUCGAUUAUGUGAUCCCGGAAUGCAACGAUCUUCCAACUGAUGCAUCCAAUGAAGGCAUCCGCCUUCGACGAAACGUGCUCGAACUCUGUCCUCCGGGCCAUCAACACCGUCCCCGCGCCCUUGACGAGCUUGCACGGGCAGUUGACGCACGCUUCGACCAGCAUGGCAGCAUUGAUGAUCUAGAAGAGAGCAUACAACUUGGUCGUGAAGCUGUUUCUCUGUGCCCCGAGGAACAUUCCAGCCGUGAUACCUACCUGAAUAACUUGGCAUUCUCACUCAAGUCCCGCUUUAAUCACCAAGGCACAUUUCAUGACCUCGAUGAGGCCAUCACUUUGUACGAAGAAGCGCUGCGACUAUGCCCUGUUGGACACGAAUCUCGUGAUUUCUCAUUGGACAACCUAGGGCUUGCCCUCCGCAGCCGUUUCAUCGAACGCGAUGACAUUGAUGACAUCUCCCGAGCUAUCAGCCUCCAUCGCGAGGCAUUGACGUUGCGCCCAUCUGGGAAUUCAAGUCGUGAGACCACGCUUAACAACCUUGCCCUCGCGCUUCAAAACAGAUUUGAAAGAUUACAUGUCAGCGAGGAAUCUGCUGAAGAUCUUAACGAGGCCAUUUAUCUGUAUCGUGAAUCUCUUCGGCUAGAGGGGCACGAUGAUCCCGAGCGCUAUAAAACUCUUCACAAUUUGAGCUCGGCGCUCUGCGAUCGUUUCACGCGAACUCAGAAGAAUGAAGAUGUCAAGGAGGCGAUUGAUCUCUGUAAAGAAUCAUUGUUGGCAUUGCCUUCAUUGCACCCGGAUAGAUACUACAGCUAUAUGCGGCUGCAGGAGGCUUAUUUGUCUCGUUACCGAGUGCACAACAACCCUGUUGAUUUGUCACUUGCAGUGGAGAACUUCAGACUGGCAUCAGGACAUCCUACUCAUGGAUUUCCACAACGCAUUCAAAUCGCCUUGAACUGGGUUGAUGGUGCUGAGAGUCAUCAACACGACUCUGCCCUCGAAGCGUAUCAGAUAUGCUUGGAGCUUUUCGACAACCAUGUGAUGACGCGAUCGUCGAUUAUCUCACGGCGCGAAGCUGCAACCGCUUUUUACGGUGUACAGUCACUGCCAGUAGAUGCAGCAUCAUGUGCCAUUCGUUCUAAUGAUCUGCAACGAGCGGUUGAACUCGUAGAGCAGGGCCGCGGCCAGCAAUGGUCGCUGGCCUCUCGCCUGAGAAGUCCACUCGAACACCUCGAGUCCACGAAUCCAAUCCUAGCUCACAAGUUCUCGGAGCUGAGCAAGUGUCUGUCUGACGCUCAAGGUUCCACGGGCAGCACAGACCGAGCUGCUGCUGAUCACGCAGCAAUCAAGUACAGGAAACUGACGAAUCAGUGGGACGCUGUGGUAACUCAAAUCCGUGGUAUUCAAGCUUUCUCGCGAUUCCUGCUCCCGCCAUCGUAUGCAGAAUUGCAAGUGGCAGCGUGCCAUGGCCCAGUCAUCAUCCUCAUCGCGAGCGAAUACUCAUGCAGCGCCAUCAUUGUCCCGACAUCAGGGGAGCCCCACCAUGUUGCCUUCCCACGCAUAACUCUCGCAGAUCUGGAGCAGCUCAAGGACGAUUUUGCUACGACAAUCCGGCACACGGCUCGUAUGCACCCAAGGAAGCCGAGGGAGAAGUUGCAAAGACGCUUGCGAGUAGUAUGGGACGAGAUCAUGCUACCCAUCGUAAACGUCCUCCAGGAUGACCUGAAAUUGCAGCGUCAGUCUCGAAUAUGGCUUUGUCCGACGGCAGCCUUCACGUCCAUUCCUCUCCAUGCAGCUAACCCGUUUCGGUCCAAGGCAGACCGCUCAGGGCCAGAGGCAUGCCUGGAGGAUAUAUUCAUCUGUUCUUACACGCCAACGCUUUCGGCUCUGAUCAGGUCUAGACAAAAGAUGGAGACUUGCGUCACUCAGACCUUCGUAGCGAUCGGACAAGGUGAACCUGGCGCAGGGCAAGGCGAGGUGCUCCCCGCUGUCAACAUCGAGCUUGAGCUCGUUCAUGAACUCAUUCCUCCCAACGUCAAAUUCACCAAUCUUUCAAAAGAUGAAGCCACUCAAGCAGGUGCACUCGAUGCUUUGCGUCAUAACACCUGGGUGCACCUCGCUUGUCACGGGAAGCAAGACCUUGAGCAGCCUUAUAAUUCAAGUUUCGCCAUGAGAGACAAACCCCUUACGCUACUCGACAUCAUGGAGAACAAUUGUCCGCAAGCCGAAUUUGCGUUCUUGUCGGCGUGUCAUACCGCUGUCGGCGAUGAGGUGACACCUGAAGAAGCCAUUCAUCUCGCAGCUGGACUCCAGUUUUCCGGUUUCAAGAGCGUUGUAGGGACACUGUGGGGGGUCAAUGACGCUCUCGCAAAACAUUUUGUGGAAGCUUUCUACGAGAAGAUGUUCGAGGAUAUGGAGGAUGGUGUCAUGGACUGCACGAAUGCGGCGCAUGCAGUCAACUAUGCUAGAAACUCCGUGAAGACGAAGGUACCGCUCGAGCAGAGAAUCGUUUUCGUUCACAUUGCUUCAAAGACGCUCUUUAUAACCCCUCCUCAUGAUUGCAGCUCAACGUGCAUUACACAAAAUGAAAAGGGGUACCCCGACGCAUCUCGUUUUAUACCAGAGAGGUUCAUAGACGUCGACGGUGCAUUGACCCGGAUGAUGACCCCGCACAAUGCGUUUUCGGCCUUGGCCGGCGUGUGUGUCCAGUCUGUUUACAGUUACCGUGAUAUAUCUCCCGGUAUCAACACCAUGCCAAAGAAGGAUACUGCACCUGCCAUCCCGGAUGUUCAUUGGUCCGAAGACAUGACGUGGAGCUUACUAUCGGAGGUUGAAAAGGACGAUAACAGGCUGGUGUUGCUUGGCAAGCGGGAAAAGAAGGAGAAUACAUCCGGGGAUAGCAAGAUCACAGUAUUUCAACGGAUCGGAGCUGUUGUCUUACCCGAGAGCUACAAGCUCAAUCCGACGGCAACAGGCAAAGCUGUCAAACGGAAAUAUGACCACUUAACGCGGAAAUAUCGGCAACAUGGAAAACGUCUCAGAACCACUGGCGAGGGGAUUCGCGGCUCUGAUGUGGAAGAUAACCCCUCCGAAAAUGAGUUCUUCGACUGUUACGUCCCUGCGGGUGGACCUGAUUCAAUGACUACCACCAAGACGAAGAGCAUCUGGGGUAUGAUUUCUGAUGAAAUUGUCGCCAAAUUUCCAUUCUUCCCUGUUUUACACCGAAUUCUUUCAUCUCGUCCAAACAUCACUCCGAUUGCCGUGACUACAGGUGUUGGGCCACACGGCAAAAAAACUCUUCACUUUCAGCCUCCGAGCGAUAACGAGGACGAUGAUAUUCCCCCGUUCACGCCAUCUCAGCACAUGCAGAUGCAGUCACUGCACGAUAUCCUGACAGCAGCAGUUCCCCGUCGUGAGCUGUCUCCAUCCUUUGAGUUCUCGCAAGACCCCUUUGUUCUCGAUACCUCAAACGACGAUAUACGAUACGAUGAUGGCGAGAAGGAGAAUGCUCCUCCACUAUCUCAAGUUACACCAGCAAGACGUCCUCCGAAACCCUCAUCAAUGUCCCAGGAUAUUCUUGAGAGGGCGAAGCAGCGCAUUGCUAAGGUUCCAAAGAAGCGAGGCAUGGAGGAAGUGUUGCUCGAGUUGCAAACGAAAAACAUGGAUGCUAUCAAUGCUCGUGCUGAUGCAGAGAUGAGGCUCAAGAGCCGUGACCUCCUUCUCCGAGAAUUUACUGCUGGUAUCUGGACAGUUGAGCAGUAUCGAGAGAGGCUUGAGGAGUUGGAGCAUGAUCCUGCUAAUCCCCGACUUCCAAAGCGUGCUCGUGCUCGCUACUCUCCUGACUGGGAUGAAAUCGAGUAG